UUUCUCUCUCUUUAUUUCCCCUUUUUCCUUCUGAGAUGAAAAUACAGAGGAGGAAGAAGAGUCGUGAUGGACCCAUACCAGAUAUGGACGCGUCUGUCCAAUACCAGGGGCAAAUUCGUAAUUUCGCGUUGAAAAGUGGAUAGUAACUACCGCGGUAAGUUUGUGUGUUACUGUUGUUACUGCCACUGUAAAAAUCAUUUGUUUUCUCUCUCUAGAAUUAACAGCCAGUCCUUUUCUCUCUUCCUCGCCGGGAAACUUCAUCGGAAUUCCAAACCCUAAAUUAGCCAUAAACAAAGCGAAUAUUCAUCAGAAAACGUCCCUAAAUUCGUCGAAAUUGUUGCGGUUAGGAUUAGGGGUGUGAUUUUGGUGUGUGUGGGAAGAGAUCUGGGCUAAGUUUCUCGGUAGCUACACGUCGCAACAGUGGUUUGAGCAUGGCAGGUGGCGGCAGACGGGGCCGUGGUGGAAUCGGUGGUCGAAGCGGCGGUAGAUCAGCUGGACGUUCUCGCGGUAGAGUUGAAAAGGAUGUGGUGGCAGAAGAAAUAAUCAGUGAUGAUGAAUUAGAGUCUGUUGGUACGAAGCAAAAGGUUUGCAAGAAAAUUGACGAUGCUGUGUACCGGGAUAAUAAACUUAGUGAAGGAGGGAAGAUGAAAGAAGAGGGUAAAGUGAUUCAAAGAAAGAAGGAUGAGCUGAAAAGGCCGGAAAACAUAAAUUGUCGGGUGGAGGAUUUUGGCUUGAUUCUAAAUGAGUUUUGUGAGAAGAAGAGGAAGAUUGUUCAGGAGAUGGGUUUUUCAGGCCUGUUUGGUUUAGUGGACAGACAGCUUCCUAGGGAGUUGUGUUAUUGGCUUGUUACGAGGGUUGAUGUACCGUCGUACAGUUUGGUAACUCCUGAUGGGCUAGAGUUUACAUUCGACCCCAUCCAACUCCAUUGGGUUUUAGGGAUUCCAAAGGGUCAUUUACCAGUGCCGAAGAAAGCUGUUGAUGAAGAGUCGAAGCAUUUUCUUGCUGGUGUACUUGCUCGAUUCAGUACAACCAAUGUGAAAGGCGGGUUAUCGAGGAAAAACCUGGUGCAGGCAGUAGAAGCUCCACUUCAAGAUGUGUUUGAGUUUAGGGUUGCUUUCUUGCUGCUAGCCCUUGUGGAUAUUCUGUGUCCUACUACCUCGUACCGGCUCUGUCCUAAGUUACUCCCAGCAGCAAUUGCAGCAGUGGACCCCGAGUCUUAUGACUGGUGUUCCUUAGUGCUUGAAAAAGUGAUGUAUUCAGUUUCAAGCUUUGCAAGGAGGUUCUAUCCCUCGGGGUUCUCAAAGGGUUGUGGAGGAUGCACAAUUUUUCUUGCAAUAAUGUAUGUAGAUCGGUUGAAAAGGCCACCUGUGAAAUGGGGGGUUUUUCCUCGGUUGAAGGCCUGGACAGAAGUCGAAAUUAACAAGGCAAAGAAGGCUGAUCGCAUAACUGGUGGUGACUUUGGGAAAUUGGGUUGUGUGAAUGCGUCUUAUGGAAGGCCACAUGUAAGGGCUGCUUUGGACCAUAUGCCUUUGAAAAGAAGUUCUAUGGCUGCUGAGAUUGCUGAAGUGUUAAUGCAAGCUGUUGAUGUAGAAGAGGAGGAUGUAGAUGGAGGUCUUAUAUCCACUCAAGGAGUGAAAAAGCGUCCAAAGGAAGGACGCGGUUAUUUUGGAUGGAAUAACAAGGCUUCAGGUUCUUGUUCUGGUUCUGGUGUGCAUGACGUGCAUGACGUGAAUGGGAAUGACAUUUCUGUCAGUGACUAUAUAGCAACAGGGUUAAUUUCAUCACCUAUUAUUUUGAACAAUGAUUGGGAGGACUCUCAAAGGAGGGAGAGGGAGGAGAUUGAGAGACAGGAGAGGGAGAGACAGGAGAUUGAGAGGGAGAGACAGGAGAAGGAGAGACAGGAGAAGGAGGUUAGAGAGAGACAGGAGAGAGAGCAGAAGGAGAGACAGUUGGCAGAGGAGAAGGACAGAGAGGAUCAAGAGAGAAAGGAGAAGGAGCUGCAGAAGGUGAGAGAGGAAAAAGAGGAGAAGGAGAGACAAGAGAGAGAGGAGAGACAACAGAGGUAUGAGAAGGAGAGGCAGGAUAGGGAGGACAAAGAGAGGGUCGUAUUACAGGAAGUAGAGAGGGUUGCCAGGGAGCAAAGGGAGAGGGUGGAGGAGGAACAGAGGCUGGAGCGGGAGGAGACAGAGAGGUUAGAACGGGAGGAAAGGGAAAGGGAAAGGGUGGAGGAGGAGCAGAGGAUAGAAAGGGAAAGGGUGGCCUUGGAGGCGAAAGAGAGGUGCGAAAGGGAGGAAAGGGAAAGGGUGAGGUCGGAGAAAGAGCAAGAGGCAUUGGAUAGGCUUGAGAAAGAGAAAGAAGAAUAUGAAAGACUGAACAAGGAGAGGGCGGAGAACAGAGUACUGCGAGGACCACAAAGCCCGGAAAGAAUCGAUCUAGAGACAGAACACCAAUUUUUCACCAAGGAGUCAGAACAUAAUUGA